CUCUGAGUUACUGUUAUUAUCAUGUACCGUCGACUCAAUUUUGAGUAGUAAAUUGCCAUGUACCUUGGACUGAAUAUUGAGAACUCGUUGCUAGUUAUGACACUUUGUUGACUUUGGAAUGUGCAGAUGAUCUCCUACAAACUUUUUUUUGGGUUAUGAACAUGUUUUUCAUGAACUUUUUUGAAUUCAUGAACAUUUUUAGUUCAUUAACUUUUUUUAAUUUCGUGAACAUAUUUUUGAAUUGACAAAAAAUUCAAACUCACAAACAUAUUUGAAUUUAUGAUUUUUUUUCCAAUUCAGAAUAUUUUUUCGAAUUCAAGAACAAUUUUUACAAUUCAUGAACAUUUUAACUGGAUUUUUUUCCCGAAGUUCAUGAUGAUUUUUUGAAUUCGAAAAUAUUUUUUGAAUUCAUGAAUUUUUUAAAAUACUUAAUUUUUGGAAUUGAUGAGAAUUAUGAAACUCACGAACAUUUUUUGAGGUUUUGAACAUUUGCUGAUUCAUGAACAUUAUUAAAUUGACAAACAUUUUUCAAAUCCAUUUACAUGUUUCAUUACAUAAAUAAACAUUUAUCAUUUUAAAAGGGGGAAACGCGACAUAAAAAAGUUAUAAUUUUUUUGUAAUUGUUUUAUAUGUGUAAAACUAAUGAAUUAAAAUAAAAGUUGAAAAACAAACAAAAGAAAAAAAAAGAAAGCCGUGCUAGCUAUCGGACGUGCCAAUGGUCCGGCCCAGCCCAGCCCAGGAGCGCGUGACUGUCUCACCUAGCGAUGCCUAGCGUGCUGGUCGCGUGAAGCGACAUACAGCACCGCCCGAUCCCAUCCCCAAUCUCGCCCUGCCCUUGCCCUGGUGCUAUCUGUAGUACAACUCCGCCGCCCGUGGAUCUGCUCCUCCAUCUUCGCCCGGCAGGCAACCCGUAUCCAUCAGCGACGGGGACAAGGACACAAGGUGAUUCAACCAGGAGCCAUGGGCGUCCGGCGGUUUCUGAAUCUGUUCGCGGCGAACCGCCCGGGCUGCAUGUAUUCGCUGCGCCGCUUCGAUCUCUCCCGCAACCAGUUCUUCUACACCACACCGGAAGAAGUAGCUCUGCACGGGCGAGUUCUGUCGCGGAUACAAAGAGACUCUGCAUCAUAUUCAUCCCUGAAAAAGGCCUGCGGCAGGGUCAAGAAGCAGCAAGCCUCAGAGAUCGGGUCGAUCCGGUUGCCGGCGCGACUCUUCAACAUGCGGCCGGCGCCAUACCCAAAGCCAAAAUCCGACGAGCUCAGAAUGGACGCGUUCGCUCUCUCGGAGCGCAGCAUCGUGUUCGCGGACCGCAAGGGGCACGUCUUCACCUACGACGCCGACUCGGACUGCCUCGUGACCAUGCCCGGCCUCCACGCCCCCAAGGAUGAGCCCUUGGCCGUCUCCGUUCCACGCCCCGGAGGCAGCGAAGGCGGCCUCUACGUGAUCGAGAGGCUGCUCCGUCCUGGCAAGAGCUUCCAGUUCGAGGCCCUUGUCUCCGGCCAGCACUACAACGAGUACCAUCCCUGCCGGACCUGGCAGUGUGAGGAGCUCCCGCUGCCGUCCCUACAAGAAGACGUGUACCUCGGCUCUGUCGCGGUGGUGGGCAACGUCAUCUGCAUCUCUGCAGAUCACUUUGGCACCUACUGCUUCGACACGGUGAGCCGCUCCUGGAGCUUUGCCGGUGACUGGGUGCUGCCCUUCUUUGGCACCGCCGAGUAUGUCCCCGAGCUCAACCUCUGGUUUGGCGUCUCCGACCAGGACUACCACUUGCCUUGCGCGGCCGAUCUCUCACCCGUCCUCGCAGGGCAGCGGCCGGAGCCGGGCCUGAUUUGGGCGGACAAUUACCUGCCGGAGGAGUGGCAUCAUAGCGGCCAAAAUGGUCAGCCUGGGUUCUGGAAGGUUUUGCCUCAUCAGGUUCCUUGAAACUCAGAUACCCAACAUCGAUACUGAGCUGGUAUUUGUGGACAAAGCGUAUGCUGUCUUCACUGGUCUGGAGGUGGUGUUAGCUGGGAAGGGCAAUGGCAAGGGCAGCAUAAACGGUAAUAGGCUACGCAUGGUUAGACACAAGUCCAGACGCUGCAGGAAUCGUGACUCCAACUUCAUCGAGUGUAUACUCUGAUGUCUCCACUAUGCAUCAUCAUUUAAUUUGCCUGUUCCGCAGGUGGAUGCGUCCUAUAUGGAUUUUUUUUUAGUGAUUCAACAAAAAGUCAAAAAAUUCUGAAGAUAUUUUGAAAUAUACUUGACCUUCCAAUCUACUUGUGAGAACAAUUUCACAAAAAGUAAAUCCCCCUUUGACUUCUUUUAAAUUUUUUUGGCUAAAAUAAUGUGAACAGUGACCUAUAAUAGCAAAUAAAUUUAUCUUUUUGCCCUGAAGUCAACGUUAGGUUUUCUCGUGAAAAUUUAUAUACUAGUAAAAAAGAAAGUCAAUUUAUUCUGAAAAAAGCUUCUAAACUAUUUUGACAUUUUGUUUAAUUAUGUUAGAAAAUUUCCCAUAUAAAGUGUAUAUACAACCAGGUUCCAAAGUGUAUUUCACUACCGCGGGCAAAGUAUUGAAACAGAACUCUGUGGGGUCUUUGCUAUGGUGUUCUACCGCUGUUUUAUUCCUUGUUUUGAAUCUUAGGACAAGGACGAUGACGUUUGGUUCUUGAGUGUAUCUACACCCUAUAUGAAAAAAAAUAACUACAUAAGGAGUCAAAAUUUCUGAAAAUAUUUUUGUGCCCCCUUAGGACAACUUCAUCGUUGUACAUGAAGACAAACAUCUCACAUGUCCAUGUGGACAGCUACAGUGAAGCCGAUCAUCCAACUGUAUGCAUCAAAUAGGCAUCAAAUCCGGACUUCAGAGUGGGCCAGACAAACCUAGAGAAGAAAACACAUGGGGUGUGAGAAGAGAGCGACUACUAUAGAAAAGCACCUUGUGGUGCAAAAAUAGAAAACUCGAAGCUGGACAACUCAAUUGAGGAUGGAUGGCACACGACUACUAUAGAAAAGCACCUUGUGGUGCAAAAAUAGAAAACUUGAAGCUGGACAACUCAAUUGAGGAUGGAUGGCACAGAUUCAACUGGUGGGAUGUGUACACACAAAUCCAUGCUUCUGUGCAAAAAGGACCCUCGUUUCUACCUUAUUUGCUUCUGAAUGUGCCAUCAAACGACAGCCACCCCUCUCUUCCAUCUCCCCUGUUGCUUGCCGACGGCGGCGGCGCUUUAGAUCCGGUGGCAAGCGCCUCCCUUCCCCUUCCCAGCUACUCUUACUCAAGGCCACCUGACUCCUCCUGGCCGCCGUCACGGCGGUGAACCCCGGGGCCCUGCUCCUGUAGGCGCCUAGGAGGCACUGCGUGGCAUUCCCUGUGCCCGCCUCCGGCGCAUCUACGGCGAGAAUGAGCUCGUGCUGUCUGCGCCCAAGCUGCAAGGCUGAUGCUAAUCUGAAGCCAUCUUUGAUGCUAAUUUGGAGCCAUUUUCUUUGCCGCUAUGCACAGUCCAGAGCUGGAGCCAUGCCCUUUAGUUUGUAGUUCGUUAAUCUGACAAGAAGCUGGAUGAACAAGUGCUGCAUCUGGAAGCAACUGUUGUGUGCCAUCAAGAUAGCAACGUUGAUAUAGUUCUUAAUGGCAAUCCUUGUUGAGUGAUGAUUAGCAUAGUCCUUCAGACUUAGCAUUGCCCGUCAUGUACCAAAGCUGAUGCAACUUUCGCUAGGAAUUCUUGUUGAUCCUGUCAUGUUAUUGAUAACCUGAUAGGAAUGUCUUCUCGUGUUUUGCCUGGGAGUUCCAGUUUGACAUGUACUCAAAAGAUGUGGCGGGGAUAGUCCAGUUUGACAUGCAGUCAAGCCUUUGUGCUUAGAGUGGUCCAUUUUAACAUGUAUACCCAAUUUCUUGUGCCUGAGAUGGUCCAGCUUAAACGUACUCACAUAUCAAUGCCUGCGAUGGUCCAGUUUUCUGUGUA